AUGAGCCUCGCCAUUCCAACUUUGGUUUCUGAGCACAGCGCCACACACACGUACGUUUUUGAACCCAGGUACCCUGCCCGCACCGUCUCAAGCGCUCCGGGAAACAUCUGCAACACCGUCUUAUACCCCAUCGGACAGACGACACCGAUAUUCUGCAUCGAGGGAGGCCGGAUCGAGGGAGGCCAGUCGUUCGUCCGGUUGGUAGACGUCCGCCGCCCGAGGGAGCUAACGCUCGCGAUCCUAACGCUGUUGGGCACCCAUUGGCGUGGCAGGUUUGACGUCUGGAUCGCCGCUUCUUUCAUUGAAUGGGAUAUGAUACUCUCGGGUCCUGCAUAUCGUUUCUACCAAUGUGAAAGAGACAUGACUGACCCUGGAGCGACCUCGGAUCGAGUGACGCUUAUCCAUUAUUUCAACUUGGUGGACGGGAGAGCUCCAGCAGAUCCCGUUUACUAUCAGCCCGAGGCUUACAUCGUCGAGGAGACGCAUAGCAGGAAGCGCAACGAAGCGACUAUGAAAUUCAAGGAUGGUCUUGAUGGGGAAGUUUUGGUUGUGCUUCGGUGGGACCGGGAUGUGCGGCGAUGGAUUCUGGAGGCGCUGGAGGACACCGUGCUGGAUGGGCUUUGGGAAGUUGCCAUCACGUUGUUUAUUUUCGUUAUGGGUCGUUUCAGUUCCAGUUAUUUUGUCGACAGGCGUCGGAGGACCUUUGUGCAUCCCAGCGUUCUGAACCGUCUGCAUGCCGAGAGGAAUAGAGCUUCCCCUCGCUCUUCGGCACCAGAUUCUUGA